GUCUGCGGGCACAGCAAGAAGAUGGCGGCGCUGGGGGAGCCAGUGCGGCUGGAGCGGGAUAUUUGUAGAGCAAUUGAAUUGUUGGAAAAACUACAGAGGAGUGGAGAGGUACCACCACAGAAACUUCAGGCUUUACAGAGAGUCCUUCAAAGUGAAUUCUGCAAUGCUGUAAGAGAGGUAUAUGAACAUGUCUAUGAGACUGUGGACAUCAGUAGCAGUCCUGAAGUGAGAGCUAAUGCUACUGCAAAGGCUACUGUCGCUGCAUUUGCUGCUAGUGAAGGACAUUCUCAUCCUCGCGUUGUUGAGCUACCAAAAACAGAAGAGGGCCUUGGAUUCAAUAUUAUGGGAGGCAAAGAACAGAACUCUCCAAUCUAUAUCUCUCGGAUAAUUCCGGGUGGAAUUGCUGACAGACAUGGGGGCCUCAAGCGAGGAGAUCAGCUCUUGUCUGUCAAUGGAGUGAGCGUUGAAGGAGAACAUCAUGAAAAAGCUGUGGAACUGCUGAAAGCAGCUCAAGGGAAGGUUAAAUUAGUGGUACGCUAUACUCCCAAGGUCUUAGAGGAAAUGGAGUCACGCUUUGAAAAGAUGAGAUCAGCAAAGCGCAGGCAGCAGACCUAAAGCGGUUCAGAGCUUUCUACCCCGUUCUGCUCUUAGCUGGAGAAGUUGUCCUCGUGGCCUACCAGGUGGCCGAAAUGCCAGUGAUUGUAAAAAACAAACAGAAACUUCCCGCAAAAUCCUCCUUGCCAUUUUAUAAAUGCCUAUUUUAACAUCACUUACAGUUCCAGAGAUGCAUACACUCUUUUCUGACUAGAAAAAGUAAACGGCGAUGAGGGCAAUUCUGUCCUGCUGUUUUUACAGGCCUUUUUCAAAUGCAGAUUUUGUCAUAAAGUUGUUACAGAUUUUUAAAAAUGCUUUUUUAAUAUUAAAAUGUACUUUUACAUUCUUAAUCAUUUUUUAGAAAAAAAAUUUUCUUCAUUUGGCUGCUUAUUUAAAAAUAACAGUUCUCCAGUUCUUUUUUUGCUUACUCUAUUUUUUUUAACCUGUGAAGUUUCUUUACAGUUUUCCAAGGAAUUAAACAUAGCAGUCUCCGCCCCAGCAGCUCAUUACACUGUCAGUGGUAACAUCACUGCUGCAUUUUGUACUUUGAACACACACACAACAUAUGUAAUCAAUGAUAAAUCAUAACUCAGCACAGUGGAAGUUUUUUACUUUUAUUUAAACAUAAUGUAUAAUGAAUAUUCAUUUAUACUGAUUUAUAAAAGUAAGUUUUUAAACACUGAAACAAUCAUUGCUAAAACGUAUUUCGUAAUAUUGGAGCAGUGAGGCAAGAGGAUGUAAUUUGAUUGUUAGCAUUACUGAUUACAUCUCUUUAUAUUCAAUAAUAUAUCAAAUUAGAAAUGGAAAAAUAGGUUUAGGUUUCAUCUUUUGCAAAUUUUUUUAAUGCUAUUGGUUUUUAUUUAAAUAUAUUUCUUAUAUUUUGGUCCUUCCAUUCCUAGAGAUGAGCCAGUCAGUUUGUGAUGGGAAAUAGCAGAAGCAAAGAAGAAAAAGUAAUAUCUUUAACCUCACUAGCCUCACGAGUUACACACUCUUACUAGCUCAAUUUAAAGAAUUGAUUUUAAAUAGGAAGAAGAUAGAAGGAUAUAUUUAAGAUAUAUAGAAAUUAUGAAGUGAUGUGUUCAUAAGAAUCUGCAGGCUCUUUGUCAAAGUGAGUAGGAACUCAUUUAUAUUAAAAUGAUUGGAUCUAAAGAACCGAUCUUUGUUUAUGAUUCAUAUAUAAUGAUGGGAAUUCUGAGAGACUUUGAUUUGUCCACUGGAUGUCACUGUUUUUCUAAAAGGCAGCUAUCAGUGAAUGACUGAGGUCUUUUUAAAGGCUGAAAUUAAAGAGGUCCAUUUUCAGUCACAACUUACAGGAACGUUUGUAUGGUUUUUUAAAAAUUUAAAUGAUAGACGCUGAAAAGAAAAUGGAUUGAAAUAUAUAAGGAAUUUAGAAUAAUAAUUGACCUUGUAUAAAAAGUGGGCAUUUUGUAACAUUCCAUCAGGAAGAAUAGAAAUGUAUAUCUUUUUCUGCAUGUUUGUGAGCACUGUGAGUCUUAAAAGAUUAUUCCAGUUUUCAGUGAUUUUCAGAAUAAAAGUUAAUCAGCAUUGUUAUUUAUCAUUUAGGUAUUGAA